CUCCUUAUUCUCUAUUAAAAAAUUCCGGUGAGUCAUGUCGUCUACUGUUCCGACUCCGGCUUUCUUUCUGUCUGAUCCGAUGUUCGGAGACCAAUUUCCGUCCUUUGAAAACGGCGGCUUUACGCCGUGGGACUGUUCUGAACUCCUUGCUAGUGAGGCUCAAGAUCACGAUGAUCAUAAUAACACUCAAUUAUCACCAAAACCGGUCGGUUCGGGUUCGAGUUCAGGUUCAGAUGAACCAAGCGAACCGAACCGGUCGGACCAAACGAGUACAGUUUCAGUUAUCGAUGAGCGGAAACGCAGGCGGAUGAUAUCGAAUCGGGAAUCGGCUAGGCGGUCAAGGAUGCGAAAACAGAAGCACUUAGAAAACUUAAGAAACCAGGUGAACCGGCUGAGGAUUGAGAACCGGGAACUGACGAACCGGUUGCGGUUUGUUUUGUACCAUUGUCAAAGCGUACGAAGGGACAACGACCGGCUCCGGUCUGAACAUAGUAUGCUCCGACAAAAACUGUCGAACAUACGGCAAAUUUUGAUGUUCAGACAACUGCAACAAUUCACGUCUGCAUGGCCAUGCAAUAACUUAAUCACGACCGAACAGAACCCAUCGUUAAUCACUUCAUGAUGAAUAAAUUUACAUAUCAUAUAUAUAUUAUAUAAAAUAAAUCAGUCCCUUAAAGUUUUAAUUAGGGAACGAAUUAAGAGAAACUCUCUCUCUCUCUCUCUCUCUCUCUCUCUCUCUCUCUGUCUCUAGAGUCUCUGUAAAUGACAAAGGUGUCAAAGCAAAAGAAAUGGUGGGUUUUGAUGGUGAUUUUUGAUAAAGGUUGAGCGGGUCGUACUUUUUUGGGGAAAAAUUAUGGUGUAUAAAGCUAGUGUAAUUAGUGUUUACUUAUUAAAGUAUUAUAUACAACGUGUCAUGUUUUUGGGUA